GUCAAGCUUCCAAAGCAAUCUAUCAACUCUCUGCUGUGCUGGGAGAUGACUGGCUGUCGGCGCUCAAGUCACGGGGUGUACCUGGUCUUUCCGGAACGCCUACACCACUCGGCAAUCAUGUGGCACAGCCCCAUUGAUGAACUCCGAAAGUCACAACCUCGUCUCAUAGAGAGGCCGUUUCGCGCUUACUUGCAGUCCGAACUACCGUUCUUGGUUGUACGUGACUAUGCAGACAGUCCGUCUCGCUAGGGUCUGUCAAGCGGCGCCCAUGUCGGCCGUCCGGACGGUUGGCACACCUCGGGCACCGUUCUGCAGCAUAGCAUAGCAAAAUAGUAUAUCAUGCAUUUCCUCCCUUUCUCCAUACAUCAGCUCAAUAUGUCUGCCUUUGACAACUUCGACCGCCUUGCCAUGAGCGAAGCGCAAUUCCUUCGCAUGGCCGAAGCCGAAUUCCAACAAGCUCAGCGCCCUCAACUACGCCGCGGCCCUUCCUUCGCAGAGAAGUACCUCUGGAAGUCACCCUCCCUCGGUACAUCUUCCAUCCGCCGCGAUACCGCAUCGCCUGCCGCCUCCCCCGCCCUAUCAACCACUUCAUCCUUCAGCUCCCCCAAGAUGUCCUCGAACGAAACCUACUUCGGCCACUCGUCGGUCAACAGCCCUAGCAUGGGUACCGGCUGGGGUCUUGGGCUCGUGUUCAGGAAGAGAAGUAACACUAAUGCAAGUGCGGCUAGUAGCCCGAGUAUUGGUGGACGUACGCCGACGCUGGGUGCGAGUAGUCCUAAGUUGGGGAGUAGCAAUGUGGAUGCUCAUAAGAGAAGUGGGAGUGGGAGUAGUGCGGAGAGUAAGGAUGAGUUUGGGCUUGUGAAGGAGAGGCAUAUCAGCCAGCUUUUCUAGACGAGGAGGGAAUUAAGUGUGGUUUCUUGGUUUUGGUUCUUUUCGAUAUACCUUCCGCGCUAGGCGUCCUGUCUUUUGACAAUGUCAUUUUCUC